CUGCACACACAGAAGUUAUAUUAACUGACUCCAGUUCACUGAAUGAUCACAGCAGAAGACAGAAGGUGUGACAUAGGUAGCAGCACAUCCAGGCAGCACGAUGACCAGCAAGGUGUUGAAUAUCUUGAAACGCACUGAGGUGAAAUCUGACAAGUCGAUUGCUGUUGCAGCGGUCGGACGACAUCUUCAUUUGGGCAUGAUGUACGACUGUCGCAACGAUUCCUUUGUUCCAGGAGUCUACCUGUGGGACAUGGAAAGCAUAGAGAAGAACAAGGUUGUGGCCGAGAGGCCGCAAACCUUUGUCAACAUAUCUCUGUCUGACUCACUGGAAGAAAAAAUGAAAUUGUUAAACAUAAGUUCCUCUCUCAGUGCGAGUGUACAUGCUGGGUUAGUAAAGAUGGGAGGUUCGUCCACCUACCUGAACGACAGAUCGUCUUCCACACGAGAGUGCAGAGCGACCAUCCAGUACAGCGUGAUGACCAAGACUGAGCACCUUAACUUGAGCCAAAUGGGAAAGAAAAAGGCCAUCCACAAAUUAAGUGCCACCCACGUGAUUACCGGAGUGGAAUACGGCGCAGAAGCGCUGAUGGUGUUCAGUGAAACGGCAACAACCCACACUGAGAAGAAAAGCAUUACGACAAACCUAAAUACCAUGCUGAGUAAGAUGAGCCUGUUUGAAGUCAGUGCUGAGGGAAAGAUUCAGAUGUCAGAGGAAGAGAGGAAGAAAGUACAGAACUUUUCUUGCACCUUCUACGGCGAUUUCGAUUUGGAGGAGAACCCAACCAACUUUGAGCAGGCAGUAAAAGUCUACAGAGACCUCCCCAAACUGCUCGGGUCCAACAAGGAGAAGGUGGUGCCCAAGAAAUUCUGGCUCGUCCCGCUUUCAGAAGUUAUGUCUUCGGCGCCAAAGCUGAAGCACGAGGUCAGCGAAAUCAACUGCAUUAAAUUACGGAAUAUAAUGGAGGAGCUGAGCACCGCGCAAAUGAGAGCGAACGACAUCUCUAAAGAAAGCAACUCUAUUCAGGCCACUGACAUCACUAAGAAGAUGAAAGCUUUUGGAGCAAACAUUGAGAAAUAUAUGCUUGUGUGGAAAGACAACCUCUUCCAUCUCCUUCCUGAAAUAAGGAAAGGAGUAGAGAAGGAAGAAAGGCUGGAGAAGAUGUUCAAACUUUAUGCAGAAUCACCCUUUGGGCCUGGUAAAAUGGACACCUGGCUGAAAGAGAGGGAGACUGAACUCAGCAUCAUCAAAUCGUACAUAAACGACAUUCAAGUACCAGAUAUUCAGAUCAUAGCUCCUGAAGACAUCGACAAAGUGCUGUUCGAUCCUAGCAAUAAGAGCGUGUGGGCGUUUGUGUUUACCUCCCUUGGACAAGAUGACCCUUACCUGGAGUGCCUCAGUGCUUGCCUGCUCUCGGACACGUUCACUAAAAUGGACUCUAAAAUGGAUCCACAACCGUCUGUCAAGGAAAAAACUCCUUGGUACAAAUCUCCUGAAGUCUCAAAGGUCAUGAGGGAGUCUCUGAAACUCUUUUGCAAAGGUGCUGCUGAUCGCAACCUGUCCAUCAUCAGCUACAUCGACUACCCAUACACUGUAGGUGCCGCUGUGAGACUCUAUACAAACUGUCAUCUGGACUACGUAAACUACCACAACAAACAUGAGCCGGAGGUUGUGGAGGUCGACUCAAGCAGCAUAACCCUCAGACGCUCAGCCAAGACAGCUACUCAACCGAUUACAUACAAGAAAGCGGGUGAGGGAGACAAGGCACAGGAGCAGAAGUUGACCUGGCCAAACACAGAAGAAACCCUGGUGAUCUCAGACCUGCUGCCCAGCACCAAGUAUGAGUUCCGGAUUGGCAAGCAAAACUCUAAGCUCAUGAUCGAGACCCUAUGAAGCGUCAGACUCACCAAGAGAACUUCACAAAAUGCAGUUCAAUAAAAUCUUGCAGAGGUUUACUGGACUUUUGCACUACACAUGCACAUCUGCAUAGAUGCACCACAAUUUUGCAGCACAUCAGGUACUCUGGUGCAGCUUCUCAUCCAUACACAGUACUGUGCAAAAGUUAGAGACUCCCCUUCAUUUAUUUAAUUUUCAGUAAAAAUAGUUAUGAAGCCAAGAUAAUGACUUUUCAGGAGGUAUUUGUGAGAAGAUUACAUAUAAGAUAAUCUACUUGCACAAGGAAAGAGAAAAUAAGUAGAGUUUCCAAA